AUGGAUAUCGCCAUAACUGAAAUAGGUGCAUCUCAAGGGCCUUUCGGGAAUUAUAUAAAGAUAAUCGGCGACAUCCAGGAAUCUAAUGAUAAAAUAAUCGAAAUUAACGGCGAAGCCAAUUAUUGCAAAAAUGUAAGCCACAUCCUUAUGGAGAGAGUUACCAAUGCAAAUAACUAUGUGAAAGAACUUGAAUUCCAUAAGGAGGAAAAUGGCGGAUUUUUGGCUAAACCAGGAACUCUUCAAAAAUUUAUUGAUUUAAGGGAUAUUAUCGCUCAAAUUGUGGACUUUGUUAAAAGAAGUUCACAAAUAGAAGGAUUAGCCAGUUUCGAAUCUAACGAAGAAAUUCAACAACAGUUCACUGAAUUGAUUGGAAAAUUUGAUAAGUAUUCGGAGGAGUUAAAAUUUGUAUCUCAAAUUACAAUAGAUGAUAAUUUUGUGUUAAAACAUGAUCUUGCUGAAAUAGACAAAGUGAAUAUGGUAGAUGAAAACGGUCGGAUAUUACAAAAAAUUCCUUUGAUUGUGCAAUUAACUAAGGAGUUUAACGAGUUAUUGAUAAAUAAUAGAACGGACAUUAUUCAUCCUUUAACAACGACUAAGUCAUUGGAUAAUCUAAAGGACGAAACAUUCGAAAUAAUUGGAUAUAGAAUGGUGCCAGAUAAAACUCGUGGGCAACAUAUUCGAAAGUGGUCAAAAGUUUCAGAUCCUAAUAAAGUCAUUGCUGUUAAGGAAGUAAAUAUGAAUGUGCACCCCGAUACAUCGAUGGAACAAAUAAAAAAGCAGAUAGAGAUCCUCAAAAUGCUUCGAAGCCUACCACAAGUUAUUAAAUUUUACGGAACAUUUAUCUCCAAUUCUAAAUUACAUAUUGUCACUGAAUGGGCACAUAAUGACAAUCUACGAAACUAUUAUAUUAAAAAUCCUCGCCUUGGAUGGAAUAAAAAGUCAGAAUUUAGUAUUGACAUUUGUCGUGGAUUAAUAUACUUACACUCGAUGCAUAUCCUUCAUCAUGAUAUUCGUUCUGCUAAUAUUCUUAUAACUUUGGAUAAUAAGGCCAAAAUUGCUAAUUUCGGUAUAAGUCGCGGAUUUAAUGAAGCUACAAGAAAUCAUAAUGAGACUAUUGACACUAUUCGUUAUAUGGCUCCAGAAAAAUUGGAUAGCAGAAACUAUAAAUACGAUAAUUACUGUGAAAUUUUUAGUUUCGGAAUGCUUCUUUGGGAAAUUGCUGAAGAAAAAAUGCCAUAUGAAAAAGAAGACAAUAUAAAGAAGCUUGCCGAUAUUAUCGUAAAAAAGAAAGUUCGUGAAGGAUUCGUUACAGAAGUUCCACCCGAAUGGAAAAAGAUUUUUAAAGAAACCACUCGAUCCGAUCCAAGAAAACGAUCUAAACUUUCCAAAAUUGUAGAGGAUUUAUCAAAAGUAUACGAAAUAUUCCAUCCAAGAUUAAAUACCGAUGAUCGUGAUACAUCUGAAUACGAAAGCCAAUUAAUCAUUGAUCAACCACUAUCUGAAUCUGAGCUUUCGCUAGAAGAUGCUAUUAAAGAGCAUCAUAAAGACAAUGGUGAUAAAGCUAAAUCAUUUAAAAGUUUUAUCAAUUUCGCAAAUUCUGGAAAUCCAGAAGCAAAAUAUUGGGCAGGUUUAUACCUUUACCAUAACAUAUUGAGACAUAAUCAACCUAUUGAUGAUACUGAAAAAAGAUUUAGAGCAUGUAGGGCAGCAACUUUCUUUAAAGAAAGUGCUGAUGAAUGCAAUACUCCUAACUUGCAAUCGUAUGUAGAUAAAGCUCAAUUACACUUCGCCUAUUGCCUAUGGAAUGGUCAAGGAAUCGAUAAAAAUUAUAUAAAGGCAAUAGAAUAUUUUAAAAAGGCAGCACUAAAUGGAAAUCCAUACGCAAUGUAUAAUUACGGCAAAAUUUUAUAUGACGGAAUAUAUGUUCCUGCAGAUAAAGGUCAAGGAGAAAUGUACCUAAAAUUAGCAGCUGAACAGAAAGUUCAGGAGGCAAUCGCUAUGUGUAAUACAGAAUCAAUAACGUACCGAUAG